AUGAGACCAUCAGAGCCCAGAGUCGGGUCAGGGGGUCAGACCCAGCCCCAGAAAACCACCACAAUAGUGCACAUGGGUUCCUCCCGCUACCAACAUCUCAUGUGCCAAACUCUUUCCCCCGACAGUGGAGAGCCAGAGACAACCUACCAGGGCAUAGUCCUCUGGUUUGCUGAACAGCUGGAAGUUAAGCUGAGGAAAUUUGUCAUGGAUGACCCCAACACCUUUUACCUGGUUAACGGGAUUCGGAAGAGGACGGAAGCAGUGAAAAAGAAUCCUGAUAUUCUAAAGUACAAGGUGAAGCCAAGUGAGAAAGGGAAGUCUGCCGACGAGCUGCUGCAACAAGCUCUGAAGAAGGUGAAAGAUGAAGUGGAGGCUCAUGGCUGCUGGGCUGCUCUGAAAAAAUAUGACCAUUAUUCUGUGAAGGAGUACCUGAAAGAAGAAGGAGGUUUGAGUCCAGAAGCCUUUAGGAUGAUCAGAGAACUGCUUAAUGAACAGAGUAUGAUGUACACUGCGCUGAGUGAGAUGAUCUACGACCAAACUGACAUCAGCGAUGAAACCACGUACUAUGAAGUGAUUGGUGGGUCGGACCUUCUCACAAAAGCUUUCCUCAACAUCCUCAAUGUCCCUAUACUCCUCAACUCCAAGGUCAAAUCCAUCAUCCACACAGAUGACGGUGUAAAUGUGUGGUAUCAGACAGCUCCAGAUGCCCCCUUAACAGGAAUUGCAGCUGAUGCCGUCCUGGUAACAACCACGGCCAAAGCAGCCCUCUUCAUUGAGUUUUUGCCGCCUCUCUCCAUCAGAAAGAUGGAGGCCAUGCGGGCCAUCCACUACGAUAGCUCCACUAAAAUCCUCCUCACCUUCAGCGAGAAGUUCUGGGAGAAAGACGGCAUUAAAGGAGGAAAAAGCAUCACAGACCGGCCCUCUCGUUUCAUCUACUACCCCAGCCACAGUUUCCCGACUAAUGACACCAUCGGCGUCCUCCUGGCUUCCUACACCUGGUCUGAUGACUCCCUCCUUUUCCAAGGUGCAAGUGAUGAAGACUUGAAGGAGCUGGUUCUGAAAGAUUUGGCCCUGAUUCAUGGUGAGCGGGUAAAGACCCUCUGCAUGGGGGUCCUGGUGAAGAAAUGGAGCGUGGAUCCCUACAGUUUGGGUGCCUUCGCUCUGUUCACCCCCUACCAGCACUUAGAGUACGCCAAGGAGCUCUUCACAAACGAAGGCAGGGUGUUCUUUGCUGGCGAGCACACCGCCUUCCCUCACGCCUGGAUCGAGACUUCUAUGAAGUCUGCAAUCAGGGCCGCUGCCAACAUCAACAACAUGGCACACAAAGAGUUCAGAGCUCAACACCAUGAUGAACUCUAAUGGUCUCGCUCUGCAUUGUUGUAACGUCAAUUUUAUGGUAAUCAUGAAACAUUAAGUCACGUUAAAUUGAAAAUUGGAGUAUUUUAAUAUGACUUGGCUGAUUUCAACCAACAUGAUCAUGAUUUUAACUAAAUAUAGAUGUGGAGUUGGUAUUCUCCACAUUGUGUCCUACCCUUUCAUUCCUGUUACUGUUACAAACAUUGGAUCCUUAAAACACUGUACUAUACAAUGCAGCUACACCUGAAUGGGAAUCGUUAAUGUACACCUAAUCUCGUGUCUAUUCCUUCAUUUAUGGUUUAUUUAUUUUCUUCUUUUAAAUCCAUAAUUUUUGGAUUUAUUGUCUCUAAGUAUUUCAACCUGGAUAAAAUAAAGAAUCUGUUCAGUGAA